GCAAUCUGAGCCCAGACCCGCGCAACAGGCGUGAGUCGGGAGGGCGUGCAAUGGCUCAGGGCGGGUUAGCCACCAGAAGCUGACACAAACCGCAUGCGAGUUACGCUGACUUGCCGCUGGUGGAAGACGAGGAAUACUUCCGCAUGUGCUCAUUCUGGCAUGAACAAGGCGCUGUUGAAGAUGUGCGGCGCUUUUACAAUGGCCGCAUGACACCUGCAGAGGAGCAGCCAAGCCGCUGUAGUCAGGUGCCAUUGAUCCAUGGCCCAGCUGAAGAUGCCAUCGAGGCACAAAGUGCUGCAGUUGGACCUAGUGGACGAGAGGCAUUUCUGGACCAUUGGGCUGCUGGAGUGUACAGCUGUGCCAGGUGUCAACAUGAGCUCUAUAAUUCUCAUUCCAAGUGGCGGGGACCUUGCGCCUGGCCAUCUUUCAGAUGUGCUGCCAGUGACGAUGCUUUGCUCAUGCGACCCGUGGUUGGCUAUGGGGGCUAUCGCUGUGCAGUAGCCGAGCUCUACUGUGGGCACUGCCGUCUUUUCAUAGGUCACCGCUUCCAAGAUGCCCGGGAAAAGGGCGAUGAGGCCAUAGAAAGCACUGGCUGGCGUCACUGAGUCUUAUCUCGCUCACUGUGCUUCCAUGGGCGCGCUAGUGCGAACCUGUGAGCAGUGAAGGCAGCUUUGCACGGGUGAUGUCAGCUAUAUUUUCUUGGCUGAUGGAGGGUGCAAAGCGCUUUCAUUAUUUCGACUUAGACGCAUGCGCACCUCAAAAAUUAAAACGUGGAAGUCUUGC